AUGGGGGAAGCCGUUGACGAGUGGGAGGCUUUGUUAAAGAGCAAUGAGGUCUUCGAAACAUUUAAGCAAGAGAUUGAUAAGAUGGCAAAAUCAAAAAAGGAACUCAAAAAGGAAAAUUCCUUCUUGAAGAGUAAAAGUGAGAAAUCAGACAUUACUCUCAUAGAAUUGGUCGAGGAGCGUGAACACUUAAAGAAACAACUGGAGAAAACAAAGAAUCAGAAAGAAAAGCUUGAAUCAUUAUGCCGGUCACUUCAAGGCGAGCGAAAGCAAAAUUCAGCUGGGACAAGUAGCUCCGAUUCAGCUCUGGACUUUUGUGAGGUUUGGGGGACUCCAUUCUCAUUUUCCAGCAUGCUUCGUGCUUCACCUGUGGCUUUCCUGGAGUUGUCAAGAGGAUUCACUGAAGAUCAUGUUUUUAUUGUUGAUUUGUUCCUUCAAAAUGGCGUGAACAAUCUUUUUGAUAGUCUACUUGUGCACUCCAAGUAUGGCAAACCAUACUUCAAUGAACCUGCAAAAAACAGAGGAUCUGAUUUGAGAAAUCAAUUUGCAUGGUACCUCCAAAAGAUUGCUGGAUUUGCAGAGAAUAAUAGAGUAGAUGUCUUAAAUGUUGUGACUUGUGACAGGCCACCACCAGGAAAAUUACAUCCAGAGCUUUUACAGGUUACUUGGCCAGAGUGUGAGAAGGACAGAAGCUGGCACCGCCACUGCCAGGCACCGGGGGAGGAGGAGAAGGGGUGUUUGAGGGUACCCUGA